GUCUUUAUAUAUACUUUACAGGAAUCUUUUCCAUCAUACCUGCCGUAUGUCCCGACUUAAUCACCACGCCUUAUUUGAAGACCAUGUCGUCACAGCAGCCGAUUGGUAUCACUUGCGAAGCUGGAGACGGCAUCUCCCAGACCUGACAUGGGUCACAGUGUUGUCGGGGUUCUGGCUCUGGGUUGUCUACUUCGCGCUGAUCGCCGUGCUCAUCGGACUUUACCACACUGUGCUCGUGCCGAGGGGAGCCCCUGACUGGCCUCCAAAGAAUGUGGCGUCUGUGCUGUACCAGCCCUUCGCAAUCACGUCAUUUGCGCUAGCGCUGCUGAUGGUGUUCCGCACCAACUCCAGCUAUGCCAGGUGGUGGGAGGCUAGGACUGUCUGGGGCCAGGUGUUCAAUGUUACCCGCAACCUUGUGCGGCAGGCAGACGCCUGGUUUGGCGAGGAAGAUGUGGCGGCGUUUCAGAUGCUGGUGCGCUGGUGUGCUGCGGCUGGGUACAUCCUUCAGGCCCACCUGUGUACCGCCAAACUUGGCCCAGAGGCCGAGGGACUCCUGCAUCCAGAGGAGCUCAAACUGUUGGCAUCCUGGGAGCACCGGCCUAUCUGCGCCGGUCAGGUACUGUCCAGCAUUGUGGCAUCGGCGGUGAAGGAUUCCCAGCUGCGCGCGGCUAUGGACGAUCAAAUAGCGACGUACAUAAAUGAUGCUGGCGCGUGUGAACGCAUUCAGAGGACCUGCAUCCCAUUCUGCUACACCCGCCACACCUCCAGGUUCCUGAUAUUGUGGCUGACAUUUCUGCCCUUUGCUCUGUGGGAAAUCUGUGGCUGGGCCUCCCCUGUGGCUGAGGCUGUGCUCGCCUUUCUGCUGAUGGGAGUGGAAAACAUAGGGAUACAGAUAGAGGAGCCUUUCCACGUGCUGCCCAUGCAUUCCUACUGCGCAGUCAUUGCCAAGAAUGCUCUGGAGGUUGCACGGGAGCGCAAAGGCUUGGACCUCUUUGUGGAGGAGGCUCUGAGGAGGGAGUUGUGCAUGGAGCCUCUAGGCAAGCUGGAAAAUGGAGGAGCGGGUGCUGAUAGCAACGUGUUUGUGCGCCCGUCUGGCGCAGCAGGAGUGUCGCACAAGGCGUCCCCCAGACCAACAAACCCGUCCCUACGAGUCCGUUGUCAGAGCCACAGGCACAACGCAGACCCGAGCCUUCAUGAGGCCCGUGGAGUGUUUCAGAUGGUACCCCAGCGUGGCGAAGCCACCCUGCUUGACGCCAGGGAUGCCUUGGAAACGUGCAGCGCCUUGAAUGACGCCUCGUCGAAGGAGGCCUGCUACGCCACCUUUGGAUGCGACGGCAGACGUGUCGAGAAAUACUUCGGCGCUGUCGAGGUCCUGGAAACUGCCUGGGAGCAAGUCAAGGAGGAAGAAGUGGAAGAUGACGAUGAGUUUGUGGAGGAGAAUCUUUCUCCAUGGCCCUGGGAUGGACGCUAG